AUAUUGAAAAAAAAAAUGCCUGCAAAAUCACGAGACCAGCUCAUACAUUGUGGUCACCUUCUCAUAUCCCUGCAAUAAUAAUAAACAAAAAUUAAAAUUUUCAUACCCUACAACCUCAACUUUCAUCAGAUCUACAAUUAGAUCCAUUAAUUUUCCUAAUUUUGUUUACCCGAUUUGAAUCUGCAUUGUGUGAUAAUCGAAUUUGGAAUAACCGAAAGUUUCAAAUUGUUGAAAGUUUUUUCGAUCCGAUCGUUGAAUUUUCGAGGAGUUAGAUUGUUUUUGCGAUGUUUUGAGUUGUUUUUCGAUCUUUUAAGGAUCGACAUUGUUUGUGUUUUGGUUGUAUUUUUGUUAACUUUGAGGAAUGGCUUCGUUAUCUGGUCUUAGCGAAGAGCUUGGUGAAAUUGAGGGACAGAUUUCGGAUCUUUUUCGAGCUCUUUCAAAUGGAUUUCAGAAAUUGGAGAAGAUUAAGGACUCGAAUAGGCAGAGCAGGCAGUUGGAGGAGCUAACAGGAAAGAUGCGAGAAUGUAAGAGGCUUAUCAAGGAGUUUGACAGAGAAGCAAAGGAUUUGGAAUAUAAAAGUGAUGCAGACACCACCAAGAUGCUGACUGAGAAGAAGCAAUCAAUGAUCAAAGAGUUGAACUCUUAUGUUGCUCUGAAAAAACAAUACGCAAGCAAUAUUGAGAACAAGCGAGUAGAUCUUUUUGAGGGUCCUGGUGAAGGGUUUGCUGAAGACAAUGGCUUGCUAGCUUCAAAUAUGAGCAAUCAACAGCUGAUGGAUCAAGGGAAUAGGAUGAUGGAUGAGACAGAUCAGGUCAUUGAGAGGUCAAAAAAGGUGGUUCAUGAAACUGUAAAUGUUGGAACUGAGACUGCUGCAGCAUUGAAGGCACAGACUGAACAAAUGAGCCGGAUAGUGAAUGAGUUAGACUCAAUCCAUUUCUCGAUAAAGAAGGCUACACAGUUGGUCAAGGAACUCGGUAGGCAGGUUGCAACUGAUCGUUGUAUUAUGGGUUUGCUCUUUCUGAUUGUGGUUGGGGUCGUAGCAAUCAUUAUUGUGAAGAUAGUAAACCCACAUAACAAAGACAUCCGGGACAUCCCUGGAUUAGCCCCUCCAGCACCCAGCCGAAGAUUACUUGCUUAUCCUUACUGAAAUCUCGAAGCAAACCAUAUUCACAAGGAUAAUUCAUUAUUUGCUUCUCGGUGGAUUUACUUGGUUUUUGACUUAAGAACAGAGAGUGGCCGAGCACACAAGCAAGACAAGGAAUGAAGAAGUACCUGGUUCAGAAAGAAGGAUCUCCCACCUUCUGUUUGGUAAUGAUAGUUUUCCAUUCUUUGUGAUGUUUAAUGGCAUAGAUUUAUAUGAUAUUUGUUUGUAUGAUUAUUAUCUGUAUUCUAGAUAACUAUUGGAAUUUUUCCAUGGAGCAAAAUUGAACUACACAAAGCUUUGGUACUGGUUGAUUUGUGCAUAGACCAGCAUUGUAUAAUAGCAUCAUUAAUCUUUAAUAUACUUGUGGAACCUA